AUGGAUUCCAUCUUGAGGAAGGUUGAAACCUCGGAAGCGAAACCUUUUUCUCGUCCAUGGAAAUCAAGUGACCUGAUUCUUAAAGUCACCGACAGGGAAUUUCAUGUUCAUCGAGCCGUUUUGAUCCUAUGUUCACCAGUCUUCGAGGCCAGUUUGUCUUCAAAUUUCGAAGGGAAGUCUGUUAAAGAAAUACCACUUCCGGGUAAAGAAGCGACUGAAAUAGAGCAGAUGCUUCAAAGUAUUUACCCUGACCAGGAUCUUCAGAUUUCAAAGGAAAACUGUCUCGCUCUUUUGAAGCUUUCGACUGAAUACCAAAUCGACCGAUUGAAAACACGCUGCGAGGAAUAUUUAAGGUACUGGUGCAGAGGGGAAUUGACCAUAGCUGAAGCCUUGGAAGUGAUAAUCGUCAACCAAAGAUGUUUUCUUGAAGACUGCAUAGUUAAAAAAUGUGUGGAUAUGUUGGUGUCGCAGACAGGUCAUACAUGGGAGCAAAUACAGAAACAUGAGCGUUACUCUGAACUGGAAAAGGAAACAGUCAAGUGGCUUACAGAGGAACGAGUGAACCACUUGGAGAAAAUGUUGAAAAUUGGAGGUAAAGUUUAUACUUACAUACAUACAUAUAAGGUACGCAAGCUUACUUUAUUCAAGUUAUAAUAAAAACAAAAGGUAAAAAAAUACCCUAACACCCUGAAAAGGAUGUUAAAGAGGUGGACCUUAUUUAAUUAACUUCCUAAAAAUUAAAAAUAGAAUCAGAUUCUGAAAAGGAAUAAUAUUCAUCCAACCUUCACAACAUAGCCGAGCAAAUUGUACCAUUUGUGCUCGAUUCUGUCAAACAAAGAAUAUUUAUAAGAAUUACACUUCACCAUUUUUACUUGUAGUUUGCAGCUAUGAUUGGAUCUGGUAGCCUUAUAAGCAAUCAGAAAACCAGAGAUAAUUUAGUUCAAAUACAUUUUUGUUAAAUAGAAUUUCAAUCAAGGAAAACGUGUUCAUGGAUUUCCUUAUUGUUAUCAGAGAGUUUGCAAAAAAGAAAAAUAAAGGAAAAAAAAAGAGCUCUAUUAGCCAUCUCGUGAAACAACUGAAAGUUUUACAUUUUGCCUUCUGUCAAUUUAGGAUAGCUGUGUCUUGAGAAGGUUUUAAAACAAAUUUUUGUCAUAGUUAGCACUCAAAGAUGUGGGUCUCAUGUCGUUCCAUGUCUCCUUUUUUCCAACAGACAACGCCACAGCCACUCCAUUCGGUUACUCUGGAUCAAAUACAGGUUCAACCUUCUCUGGGUUUGCACUGGCUGGAGGAGGGACCCCUUUGUUUGGUGCGAGUAAUACUCCAUUUGGUGAGUUGAGGGGGGGGGGGGGUAGGGUAAGGGGUUAAUCUGGGGAUUCUCGAAACUACAGAGAAGACUAGGAGUGGCUAUGGCUUUCUCCCUAGCCCCCACGCAUUUUUUGCAUCACUUUUUACUGCACGUCUCUAUCUUGAAGCCCAAAACCGGCUACUUUCCAUACCCACUUAUCCUGCCAGGUCAUCUCUGGAGAGAAUAGGAAGCUAUGGCAAACAUGCAGCUGCCUCUAGGCAGGCCAAUAUUGAUAGCUUCUGUAUAACUUCGAAAUUCCUUUGAAUGCUUCAAGAAUUUUAAGUAGAUGUUGUUUUAGAAAACUAACUUGUGGUGGUUGUCUCAUUCUCUCUUGGAGGCGUACAACCCCAGGGGGACACGAUGUUUACAGCAGGAACUGGCGGAGAAAAUGCGGGAAUAGCCGGGAGGAAGUUCAAAAAAGCCGUGAGACGCACUAAGCGUUAGCAACAACACUCGUCUUCCUAGAGGGUUACGUGACUAGACUGUUGGACACUAACCGAGUUCACUAACGGUUCGAGAUCAGACUCCGGUUCUCACUGAUCCAAGCCGACGAGUUCAUGAACGUGCGACGCUACUCCGAUCCGUUCGGACGACGUAAGCGUGUUGGCGAAAGACAGAAACGCUAUGAUGAAACGGCGACGCGUUGUCACCAGACGUUUGACAUAAUGGAAAUACACCAAGGAAACACCCCAUCUAAUAUUGUGAUGUGUGCUAAAUUAGCUAUCUGUGGUUAAGCAGAAGGUUAAAAUUUAAGCCGGUCUCGUCUUCAGAGUACAUAGAACUAUAUUGUCACAUGAGCCACCAUAUUUUGCUUCUCUGUUCUAUUUUGAGCCCCGUUACAUCAUGAAACGUUUACUGGCUACAAAACCGUAUAACAGGGCUUUGAUAUACAUCUGGGCCCAGUUGUUGGAAGGCCGAUUAGCGUUUAACCAAGGGUUAAAUUUAACCCAGGUUUCUUUUUCUUGUGUUCAAAAGCAUUUUCUCUGAUAAUUUUCUUCCAAUCAUCAACUUGUUGACAAAAAAAUUAAAACUGAAAUGCUUUUUAAGCUGUCAAAUCUAAAUUCAAAUCUCGCACUAACCCUGGGUUAUCUUAGCCCAGCUUUGAACAACUCGGCCCUGUAAAAUCAAUUUUGAGCGAACGUUAGACAACGUACGUUAUAAUGUUUCAAUGGAUAUGAAGUUCAGAGAUUGUUCAGUUAGCAUACACUUAUCAAUCGCAGCUCUGAAAAGUUUUGAUGGGAAUAUACCGUAAAAUUCCAAAUAUGAGCCCCCCCAAACCGGUAACGCAAAAAACCCUCCGUUAAAUCGCCCCUCCAAAUAUAAGCCCCCGGGGGCUUGUGCUUGGAAUAUUGCCCUCAAAUACAAAGUAAAACAAAGCAAAAACGGC